GUACGGGCCUUUUGCUUUGGCUCAUUAGGCAGCCGGCGACCACCCCCCAUCUCCACACGAGGGCCUCUCCGUUCUGUCUAUAUACAUCACUUCUGUCCAUUUUUUGAUUUCCAUCUUGGUAAUAGCUCGUUAUUAUAUACAUACGAUAUAUAGAGAGAGAUAUUAGGGUUUCCUAUUCCCGAUCCCAAUUCCAUUCGGCGAAGGCAAGAUGUCGUCGGAUAGCGGCGUGGUGACGGUGUACGGAGGGAACAACGGCGGGGCUGCGCUGACGGAGCCAGGGGUGAAGAAGACGUCGACGUUCUCGGUGAAGGUGGGGCUGGCGCAGAUGCUGCGGGGCGGGGUGAUCAUGGACGUGGUGAGUCCCGAUCAGGCGCGGGUGGCGGAGGAGGCCGGGGCGUGCGCGGUGAUGGCCCUGGAGCGCGUCCCCGCGGACAUCCGGGCGGGCGGCGGGGUGGCCCGGAUGAGCGACCCGGGGCUGAUCAAGGAGAUCAAACGCGCGGUGACCAUUCCAGUGAUGGCCAAGGCCCGCAUCGGACACUUCGUGGAGGCCCAGAUCCUAGAGGCCAUCGGUGUGGACUACGUGGACGAGAGCGAGGUGCUGACCCCGGCCGAUGACAUCCACCACAUCAACAAGCACAACUUCCGAGUUCCUUUCGUGUGCGGCUGCCGCGACCUCGGCGAGGCCCUCCGCCGCAUCCGCGAGGGCGCCGCCAUGAUCCGCACCAAGGGCGAGGCCGGCACCGGCAACAUCGUCGAGGCAGUCCGCCACGUCCGCUCCGUCAUGGGCAACAUCCGCUCCCUCCGCAACAUGGACGACGACGAGGUCUUCGCCUUCGCCAAGCGCAUCGCUGCCCCCUACGACCUCGUCAUGCAGACCAAGCAACUCGGCCGCCUCCCCGUCGUCCACUUCGCCGCCGGCGGCGUCGCCACCCCUGCCGACGCGGCCCUCAUGAUGCAGCUCGGCUGCGACGGCGUCUUCGUGGGCUCUGGCAUCUUCAAGAGCGGCGACCCCGCCCGCCGCGCCCGCGCCAUCGUCCAGGCCGUCACCCACUACAGCGACCCAGACAUCCUGGCCGAGGUCUCCAGCGGCCUCGGAGAGGCAAUGGUCGGGAUCAACCUCAACGGCGACGCCAAGGUCGAGAGGUUCGCCGCCCGCUCCGAAUAAAUAUAUUAGACACACUGCAGGCAGGUCGUUCUACUUAGACCGUUGGUUUGAUGAUGAUGAUGGUGAUGACGGCUCUGCUCUGCUAUUUUUCAUAUGUCUUCGCUCGCUCUUCCUCUCAGAUGCCAUGGCCAUGGUUUACUUGUCUUCUUUUUGCUUUUAGGUCCGAUGUCCUUGCAGUUGCAAUCUAGUCUUGAAUCGCCAUUGUAGCAGCUCCAGCUAAAAACAUUGCCUUUUUCUUUUUCUUUCCCAGGCUGAUCUAUGUGAUACUGAGCUCGUGCUCUGUCUAUGCCUGAUUGUCCUUUCUUGGUUGUCUGUCUUUCAUUUAAAAAGUAUGAGGUAAAACCCUCUGCUGAAAAUUGCAACCUGACAUUUUAUAUUUUAAAUACUCUUGUUCGAGCCUGCUUGCUAUUGACAUUCUUA